AUGGAGGCGGCGGCGGGCGGCCGCGGUGGCUUCCAGCCGCACCCGGGGCUGCAGAAGACGCUGGAGCAGUUCCACCUGAGCUCCAUGAGCUCGCUGGGCGGCCCGGCAGCCUUCUCGGCGCGCUGGGCGCAGGAGGCCUACAAGAAGGAGAGCGCCAAGGAGGCGGCCGCGGUGCCGGCGCCGGUGCCCGCGGCCGCCGAGCCGCCGCCCGUGCUGCACCUGCCCGCCAUCCAGCCGCCGCCGCCCGUGCUGCCCGGGCCCUUCUUCAUGCCGUCCGACCGCUCCACGGAGCGCUGCGAAACCGUCCUGGAGGGCGAGACCAUUUCGUGCUUCGUGGUGGGCGGCGAGAAGCGCCUGUGCCUGCCGCAGAUCCUCAACUCGGUGCUGCGCGACUUCUCGCUGCAGCAGAUCAACUCGGUGUGCGACGAGCUUCACAUCUACUGCUCGCGCUGCACGGCCGACCAGCUGGAGAUCCUCAAAGUCAUGGGCAUCCUGCCCUUCUCGGCGCCCUCGUGCGGGCUCAUCACCAAGACGGACGCGGAGCGCCUGUGCAACGCGCUGCUGUACGGAGGCGCCUACCCGCCGCCCUGCAAGAAGGAGCUGGCCGCCAGCCUGGCGCUGGGCCUGGAGCUCAGCGAGCGCAGCGUGCGCGUGUACCACGAGUGCUUCGGCAAGUGCAAGGGGCUGCUGGUGCCCGAGCUCUACAGCAGCCCGAGCGCCGCCUGCAUCCAGUGCCUCGACUGCCGCCUCAUGUACCCGCCGCACAAGUUCGUGGUGCACUCGCACAAGGCCCUCGAGAACCGGACCUGCCACUGGGGCUUCGACUCGGCCAACUGGCGGGCCUACAUCCUGCUGAGCCAGGACUACACAGGCAAGGAGGAGCAGGCGCGCCUCGGCCGCUGCCUGGACGACGUGAAGGAGAAGUUUGACUAUGGCAACAAGUACAAGCGGCGAGUGCCCCUGGUCUCCUCCGAGCCCCCCGUCUCCAUAAGAAAAACAGACGACGCUCCCCCCCAGCACCCCACGUCUUCUGAGAAGGACAAACAGUCCGGCUGGCUGCGGACCCUUGCCAGCUCCUCCAGCAAGAGCCUGGGCUGCGUGCACCCUCGCCAGCGCCUCUCCGCCUUCCGACCCUGGUCCCCUGCGGUUUCUGCGAGUGACAAAGAGCUCUCCCCACACCUCCCAGCCCUGAUUCGAGACAGCUUCUACUCCUACAAGAGCUUCGAGACGGGUGUGGCCCCCAACGUGGCCCUGGCCCCGCCGGCCCAGCAGAAGGUUGUGAGCAGCCCGCCAUGUGCCACCAUCGUCUCCCGGGCCCCCGAGCCCCUCACCACCUGCAUCCAGCCGCGGAAACGGAAGCUGACAGUGGACACGCCUGGGGCCACAGAGACGCCGGCGCCCACAGUCACCCCGGAGGAUGACAAGGACUCAGAGGCCGAGGUGGAGGUGGAAAGCAGAGAAGAAUUCACCUCCUCCCUGUCCUCGCUCUCCUCUCCGUCCUUUACCUCAUCCAGCUCCGCCAAGGACCUGAGCUCCCCGGGCGUGCACGCCCCGCCCGCCCCGCCCCCCGCCCCAGACACCUCGGCGGCCCCCACCGACGCCCCCAGUGGGGGUCUGGAGGCAGAGCUGGAGCACCUGCGUCAAGCCCUGGAGGGCGGCCUGGACACCAAGGAGGCCAAAGAGAAGUUCCUGCACGAGGUGGUGAAGAUGCGCGUGAAGCAGGAGGAGAAGCUGAGCGCCGCCCUGCAGGCCAAGCGCAGCCUCCAUCAGGAGCUCGAGUUCCUACGUGUGGCCAAGAAGGAGAAGCUGCGGGAAGCCACGGAGGCGAAGCGGAACCUGCGGAAGGAGAUUGAACGCCUCCGCGCCGAGAACGAGAAGAAGAUGAAAGAGGCCAACGAGGCCCGGCUGCGCCUGAAGCGGGAGCUGGAGCAGGCCCGGCAGGUCCGCGUGUGCGACAAGGGCUGCGAGGCCGGCCGCCUGCGCGCCAAGUACUCCGCCCAGAUCGAGGACCUGCAGGUGAAGCUGCAGCACGCGGAGGCCGACCGCGAGCAGCUGCGCGCCGACCUGCUGCGGGAGCGCGAGGCCCGGGAGCACCUGGAGAAGGUGGUGAAGGAGCUGCAGGAGCAGCUGUGGCCGCGGGCCCGCCCCGAGGCUGCGGGCGGCGAAAGCGGGACAGAGCUGGAGCCCUAGCGGACCCACUGCCUGCUGUCCCGGCUCGGACGCUGCAGGGACGGGCAGGCGGCGCGCACCGCUGGGGGCUCUGCUGGGUGGGGCCUGCCCUCCUGCAGCCCAUAUAGCACAACGUCUUACUGUGCCUACAACCAACGAGUGUUUGGAACCACAUACUUUUGGAAUCCACUGCAAAAUUUUCUACGGCCAAGUUCAAGCGAGCAAGCUGGGCCCCACCUGCAGCCGGACUCAGGCCAGCCCGGUGGCUGCGGCUGGCCUCCGCUUGCUGGAACAUUCUAACAUUUACACUUUUGUUAUAAGCUAUUUAAAACCAAUAAGAAGACUUGAUAUUCAGAAAACAAAAAAAUCGACACGUUUUUUAAUGACUAACUUUUAAAAGCCCCACCAACAUGAGACGCCAUCUGAGGACCCGCUAGGGAGCCGGGGUGGUGGCCGCCCCGCCCACAAAGCCAUCACAAGCUCAUCCGCUCCCGCGGCUGCAUGAGGACAGGAAGGGUUUUUCUCCAGAGUCUAUUUUUUCAGCGACAAGGACCCAGGUCUCCUGUGCUGCCGCGGGAAGAGCGAGGAGCACGCGCCUGAGCUGACACUGCCGCCUUACGCCCGCCGCCACCGUCCAUCUGCAGGGCCCGGCUCCGCCAGGGGCCUCACCGCCGGGAGGUGACAGAAGACUCGGCGCCCCUGACCAGGCGGCCCCUUCUCGGCUGGGUAGACGUCGCUCCUUCAGCCUGGGACGGAGGCUGCAGCAUUGGAACAAAACAGCAUUAUUUCACUUUUUCUUUUUCUCUUUGUUUGUUUGUUCAUUUAAACGUAUACUUAGAACUGCACUUUGUCAAAAAUCUUCCCUUUUUAUUCCCCCGUUAACUGAGGUUUUUACUUGUCAAACGUUGAAACCGAUUUCUAGAGCAGGUCACAUCCUAAGUGCUCGCGCGUUGAGAAACCCCUCUGGUGCUUGGUUGAACAAGGGAAUCACACGGAAACGAAACGCAAAAACUGAACUUCGGGGGGUAGUUCUGUGCCUUCCAGCAUCUUGUACAGCGAAUCCUGACUCGUCUUUUACCCCCAAAUAUCCGUCUUCAGUAGCGAUCGAAUCUGCCACUAUCAAAUAAGUUCCUUGCAUUUAUUCCAAAUAAUCUCGUUUACUCUCAACUGUUUAUGCAAAUUGUAUAAGGUUUUUUAUGCCCAAGCUUGAAAAUGAUUUCCCAGUAGACAAGAGGCGCUACCCACCUGGAAAUGAUGGUAUUUAUUUACACAAGGAAGAUCUUACCGAAAUUCUUCGCCUGACUCCGUUCUAACACCGGGCAGCUGCGCACAGGCCAGAGCGGAGACGUGGGUGCCGACGCCCUCUGCGGGGGGUCGCCCUUGGUUUACUGGGGGGCCCAGGUGCUGCUGGACCCCCUCCUAAGUGCAAUGCAAACGGGACACCAUGUAGACGCAGCGUGUGUUUGGGUUUUGUUUUUUCUUUUUGCUUUGUUUUUCUUUUGCAGUUAUUAAACCUGUAUGCAUGGAAUUUUAACCUCUGCCAUACGUAUACCCCUCGAUGGGCAUUAUUACCGUGUCGUGUAAGGGUCAGUUGUCAGGCAACUCUCAGAACGCGUGUCAGCCUGGUCUUUCUGGAGUUGUGUUUUUUCCAGUCAUUUUUCAAGGGAAACUAAGUGGUUUAGUUGGAGCAAAGCUUUACGUGUGUCGGGGCUUCUGUGCUGCCCAGUCGGAGAGUCGCAGGGCGGCCGAGGCCGCCGGGUGCUCCCGCGCUUCCGCGUCCCCAGGCUCCGGAGGGAGAUGCCUUCUCUACGUGGUGCAUGAGGUGCCGCCCAUCCUUGCCCGUGCACUGUCCCCUCUGGUCUCCCGCGCCCCUCUGCCAGCUUUGUCCCCGAUCGCCGUCGGGAAGAGCUAGAUACGCAGCGGCCCCUUGUCCCCGAGAGCUGGGGGUGAGGCCCUGUCCCACCCAGGCCUGCGGAGCCAGGGGGCAGGAGGGGGACAGGGUGGGCUCCCUUCACCAGCAGCUCAGCUUUCCCGGGCAGCUCCUUGGGCGAGGCCGACGGGCAAGGGCACCUGCCACCUCCACCCGUGGGUGCAGCUCCCUGUGCAGGCCCAGACCCGCCUCCCGGGUGCAGCUGCGGCUCCGUCUUUCCAGGGGGAGACGAGGAAUCUGUCUUGUAGGCUGUUGACUCCCUGUGUGUGACACCCAUUGUCAGAUGAUUGUGUAUUUAGUUGAAUUACUCAUUUUUCUAUGCUGGAAGAGACUUCACGAAGGGAAAACACAACAGCAAUAACACAUCUCCGGAGCAGCUAACUCACACCCGGAACUCCGCUUUCCUUCCGAACUGGCCGGU